CUCUCUCUCUCUCACACACACACACACGUCCUAUCUAUAUGUGUAUGUAUAACUAUGCCUUUAAACACAAAGAUAUACCAAUCACUAUCUAUCUUUCUCUCGACUUCAAGCUAGUUUGAACUUUGUAAAAUUAUAAGAGAUCUAUGGAGCAAUACUCUCAGUACCUGAUGUGGGUUAAGAGCAAGAACAGUAUCUUCAACAACACUAUCAGCCACUCAUGGGAAGAAGAAGCUUUCGCUGAGGAUGCUCGAGGUCCCCUAGGUGGGUUCGUAUGGCCUCCAAGGUCUUAUUCUUGUAGCUUCUGUAGAAGAGACUUCAGAUCAGCUCAAGCUCUAGGUGGUCAUAUGAACGUUCACAGGAGAGAAAGAGCCAAGCUUAAGCAAUCACCAAAUGGUGUUCAACAAAAACCUAAAUCUUUUUUGGAGUCUACAAACACUAGUUUCUUCCCCACACAUCAUUCACCUUCCAGGGUUUCUUCCAUACCUCUAUUAGGUCAAGAAAGUACCACUCUCGCUAGCAAUUCAGAUACAAAGAGUUGUGUUUGUGAUGAAGUGUUGGUUCUUGGACCUGUUGAAACAAAUUUGUAUCUAGGGUUUGAUGGGUGUGAGGAUGAAGAAGUUAUGAAUUGCAAGAGGCAGAAAACUACGGUGGUUUCGCCGCUGGUCAUGGGUUUUUCGGAGGGUCAGGUGGAUCUUGAGCUGAGGUUAGCUAGGUGAAUCCUUCAACAAGGAUAUAUGGUAGCUCAAUUUAUCCAUGCAGGCUUUCUUAGCCAAGUUCAUGAAGCAGAAAUUUCACAGUCUUGAAGCUUUUGUUGUUUCUUGUGUUAGUUAACCAUUUCAUUAUCACUUUCUCCUUAGUUACUUUGUUUAUUAGAAUGACAAAGUUAAUCAAACACUUGUGUUCUUUAACUAAACAUCUUACAGAUUGUUAAUAAGUUUUGAACUUGAAGACUACAAUCAUUGGUAAAAAGACUUGAUCAAUACUAAUAGAUUGUAGAAAUAUUA